CUUCCGGUUACGUCCGGUUUCACAUCUGAUUGGCCAGCUAUGAGCGGCUACCAUUGGUUGGUUUUCAAUCCAUGUGACCAGAGAGGUCCCGAGCGGCGCCAAAAUUCAAAAUUACGUCUACGAAAGGGGACAUUUGGAGUCAAAUCACUUUUAUUUAAUCUUCUGUCUCGGUGUGGGGAUUAGCUGCAAUUGUAUUUUCUUUAAAUGUGUAAUUUUCUAGUUGGGCUGUAGUUCGGCUGCCGUUUCGAGACAACCACGCCCUGGUUACAUCCGAUUGGCCAACACUUUGUUUACCCCCACACCAUUGGGUGGUUGGGCUAGUUGUCUAGACACGUGACGAGAGCCACGACCGGAGCACCCCAGCGCCGAAAUUCAAAAUACGCUUAUUGUUAAAAAUGAAUUUAUUGGCUUCUUGUUGAAAACAUCAAAGUGAGUUUGUGAAAUUUUGUUUUAUUACUUCAUUACAACCAAUUCCACAAGAAAAUAUCCACCCAAGAGACGCGACCGUCACUGUAAUGUGAAGCAUAUCUGUGGGACAUUUUGUGCAACUGGUUGACCAUGAGACGGAGCCCAAGGAGACCCCUGAUUCUUAAAAGACGCAAGCUUCCCUUUCAGCAGAGCGAGCCUCCCGCGAGCCAGGAUGCAUCAGUGCCUCAAGGGAGCUCAUCCGCUUGUCAGUCCUUCCCAGACGGCGUGCGCAUCCUGGAUCACCCCCACCUCCCCGGCACACAGGUGGUGGUCAUUCCCAAGACGGCCGAGCUGCGCAGUGUCAUUGAGGCACUGACAGUUAAAGGCAAGGAGCACGGCGCCCAAGGGCCCAACAAGUUCAUCCUCCUGGGCGAAAGCGGCAGCCUGGACUCAGGCUGGCUGGACAAGAUGGACCGGGACUCCGGUUUUUCAGGGAGCGCGCUGGGACAAUUGUCUCAGAGCUCCGUAUUCACCGGAGUUAAACAACGGAAAAAGGAAGAUGAGGACGGCCGUUUCAACAACAGCCUCACCAACAUUGAGUGGUUGGAAAGGUGCGAUGCUCUGCUGUCGGGGCCCGGCCAUGACAAGUCCGAUAAGGAGAACCAGACUGCGGUAGCCGUGUUGGAAGAAGCAACGCCCCCUGUGCGUGAAGCAGCGUGUGGCUCACCACCUGAGCAAUCCGGGGACUGCCCGCAAGGCGAUACGGCCAUGAAGCCGCCCUUCUCCUACAUGACCAUGAUCCAGUUUGCCAUCAACAGUACUAAGGACGGCCUCAUGACCUUGAAGGAGAUCUACACUUGGCUCGAGCACCACUUUGACUUCUUCAGGGAUGAGAAAAGGCAGGGCUGGAAGAAUUCAGUCCGCCAUAACCUCUCCCUGCAUAAAAUGUUCCUCCGAAAGACGUCGCCUGACAAGAAAGUUUCCUUUUGGACCAUUCGUCCGGAGGCCAAUCGAGGACUCACGCUGGAUCAGGUGUACACGCCCGGAUGUAACCCCGUGGCAGCUUCUUUUGCCCUACCUGCUGCGUCAUCGCCUCGCCAACAGAAAACACCUCCUGUGUCCAAGAAAGCACAUACUGGCUCUGGUUCAACAAAGCGGAUGAAACCGAUUCUCCCCCAAAUGUCCCCCUUCCCGGUCCCCAUCCAGCUCACCCUCGGCGCUUCCAUUUGUCUGGCUUCUUCCUCCACGCCGGGCCCUCCCGCUCCUGCUCCUGCUCCUGCUCCUGCUCCUGCUCCUGCUCCUGCUCCUGCUCCUGCUCCUGCUCCUGCUCCUGCUCCUGCUCCUGCUCCUGCUCCUGCUCCUGCUCCUGCUCCCGCUCGCCACGCCGACGGCAGCCCCUGCAAAGCCAAAAGGCGCAGAAACAUUCCAAAGGUGGCGCUGUUGAGGGAUGCGGCUCAUCGGGCGAAGGCACCGAAAGCAGAAAUGAGGGAGGAAGGGUCGUGCGUGACCCCCAAGCGUGGGAGCCCCAUGACGCUCGCCCGCAGACGGCAAGCCGGCAGCUCCAGACGGAAGCAGCGUCUGGUGCGCAAGCAGCACGAGGAACCGCUGCUGCUCUACACACAGACCUCGGACUUGGACUCCAGUGUGGUUGACGAGCCGGAGCUCCAGGAGGGGCGGCUUCACUCCUACAAGACCCCCAUCAAAGCGGGCCGGCGCCUGGCGUCCUCCACGCCCAGCAAGCCGCUGGCCGAGCUCGCCGGUCAGAGCGCGCUGGACUUCAGCCCCAUCCGCACGCCCCUGCGCGACCACGCCGCCUUUAGCUUGAGCCCCACCCCCUUCAAGGACUGGGCCCUCUUCCCGGACACCGGCAUGGCCUGCUCCGGAGAGCCGCUUCUGGCCGGCGGCGGCGGAGGCAGCCCGCCCGCCAACCGCUCACUCAGCGAGGGCCUGGUGCUGGACACCACCAACGACAGCCUGAGUAAGAUCCUGGUGGACUUCAGCUUCAGCCUGGACGACAUGCACGAGCUGGGCUUGUCUGACGUCAGCCUGUCGGAGCUCAUGCCGCAGCUGGCGUAGUCCGCUCACAUGCGGACCCACCCCACUGGAGUUUUUGUGUGCUUGUUUCUGCAGCUGCCUGACAGCGCUCCAAAUCACUUUUGGACUUCUUCCCCCCCCGCCCCCUUUGACCUACUUAUUCACUGACACUUUUGGUUUGUUCAGCCUUCAGAAAAAUACCCUUGUUAAUUUGCACAUGUUGUUAUUUAAUUUUGAGAGUCCUAUGUUACGCGGAGAAAUACUUCCAGCGGUUCGUACAGAUGCUAUUAGCGGUUGAUUAGCAAUAAGCUACUUGACGGAUUAAAAAAGAAAGCACUACUUGGUAUUCGAGCAGCAAUAUAAGACUGUUAGUAUUCAAGAGCCUCCUGUUCCCGUGGCGUCGUUAUCGGUCCAAUAAAUAGGUUGCUGUUGCAGCCUCUAAAGAAAAAGUUUCGCGCUCAACUUUAUUUCAGCCUUUGGAUUAGGUGAAAGGAAGGCUGGACAAAUAUUGUCUUCGACAAUUGUCACUUGAUGGGUUGGGCGGCAGGUUGGCCUUUGUCCUCAGUAGGUCUUCACCUCCUGUUGGGCCACUUGGAGAAGGAUCUGAAUCUUUCUGCUGCACUUAUCUGAGGAAGGAAAAAAGUCGUCACCUUUUCCACUCUUUGAGUUGUGUUUGUGAAUGUCAACAACAUUUGUUUCAUUUUAUAAGAUGCAUUUGUAUUGUCACAUUUUUUUCCCCCCCGUCAUGUUUUUCUUGUUUAUUUCUCAAUUCUUUUUUCAAUUCAAUGUUUGGCACUUUAAAUGAUUUUUUUUCCCCCCAUUCUUUGUAUAUUUUCUAAAAUUCUCAGUUCUAACGUGGUGGGAUGUUUUUUUCGUUUUUAUUUUUUGGGGCGGUUGCAAACUUUUCUGUGGCGUUUUUCCAUUUGGCUUACCGUAAUUUUCGGACUAUAAGUCGUGGUUUUUUUUCAUAGUUUGGGUGGGGGGGGGCGACUUAUACUCAAGAGCGACAUAUAUAUGGGGUUUUUUUUCAUUUUUUUGGGCAUUUUAUGGCUGGUGCGACUUAUACUCCGGUGCGACUUAUAGUCCGAAAAUUACGGUACUUAUUUCGAUUUAGUUAUGACUGUCCCUCAACUUGUAUGUAAACUUUAUUUUUAUUUUUUCCCAAUAUGUUGAUUUAUGUCACUUUACAAAUAAUUUCUCUGAUCUCUAUGCGACUUCCCUUCGGUGUGAGUCGUGGAGGAGAUACCUAUGGCUAACAUUUUUUUUGUCGGCGUCAGGUGCGGGGACGCGACCCGACGCGACUCACUGAGCAAGCGUCUCCAUCUGGGCGGCAGUCGGGACCGACGUACGGUGGCGUAGUACACUGGAACGCCGGUCAACGUCAACACGCAGCUGAGUCCCGUGUUCCAGGGGUCCGAGUACAGCGACAAGCCCACGAUGAAGAAGCACACCGAGGUGAAGGUGAUGGCGAUGACCAGGGGGACCUGCCCGACGCCAUGGGUGAGUCGACCGCCACCACGGGGGAAUGAAUUGUCGGCGUUUCUCACCUUGAAAGGCCGAUGGAGCUGCGGGAAGCGGUGGCGGUGCACCAACAUCCCCAGCGUUGCCAAGGCGAUGAAGAACCAGCGUGCAAAGGAGGCCAAGCUGAUGAGGUGUUGGAUCUCCUCGAAACAAGACGGCUGGAAGCGGCGUGCGCCGGUGGAUGUGAAUCAUGGAGAAGAUGUGGGGCCACUGACCCUCUCUGGCCGCCACAAACAGCAUCCUUGGCACGAAAGCAACCAUCGGCAUCGGUAAGGCGCAUUUCCGAAUUUCCCCAUUAGACGUCAUGCCG